AUGGAAGAGCUGCAUGCUGCAGGGAGCCACUCAGCAGGUCACUCGCCUCACUGGGCGCCCAACCCGCCAACUACCACACACCUACCUGUUUCGAAAACCGGCCAUUCACAACUGGCGCAGAACAUGUACGCAUAUGCGUACACGCGCAAGCCCCCGUACAUCCGCCACGACCCGCCGUCUGGAAACUUUGCACCGAUGAAUGAGCCCCAGGCCGUGCGGACACCGUCGGUCGAGUGGUGA